AAACUCUCUUAAAAAGAAGAUAGAACAAAAGUAACGCAUUAAAAAUCUUUGAGAAAAAGUUGACUCCGUCUAAUGGUUCUCUUAACUCUUUGGAGAUAGUUAAGAAGCAUCAUAAACUAAUUUAUAAUGCUUUUUUAAGUAUAGUUCAUUCUGUGUAGUUAUCAGGAAAAUCAUUGUAUGCUUACAUUUUGGGUAUCAAUAUUACGAGGGCUAUUUUUUAAAUAAGGUUCGUUUGUGAAUGAGAAUGACGCGCAAUUGCAGCAGUGUGCAUAAGCAUCUGCUUUCAGCAUGCUUUACGCGUGUUUAGAUGCCAUUUGUAGUCGUAUCAUCUGUCUGUGUGCUGAACUGUAGAAGUUUAUAAUGUUCAAGAAAUUGAGUCGCCCACCGACUGUAAGAUACGAUCUGUUAUUCGAUUUAAGCACGAAAGAUCAUGGUAACUGUCUUUUGGGACAGGAAAGGGUCUUUGCUAGUGGAUUUUAUUCCAUGAGGCACAACAAUCAAUUCUGAUGCUUAUUGUGACCUUGAGAAAACUCUGCUGUGCCAUACAAGUCAAGCGGCGUGUCCUAAUGUCUUCUGACAACAAACGGCAGAUUUCUUUGAAGUCGGAAUUAAAAAAGUUUUUGAGAGUGAAGAAGCAUACGAUGCCUGUGCUCGUGGUCCACGGUGGUGCGGGCGCAGUACCCUUGAAUAAGAUCACGCUGAAGAUAGACGGAGUCAAACGCGCCACCAACAAGGGUUACGAAGUGCUACUGUCUCCCGAAGGAAAUGCAUUAGAUGCGGUUGAAGCAGCCGUUCGAGUCAUGGAAGAUGACUAUGUCUUCAAUGCAGGUUAUGGAUCUUCCCUCACAAUUAAUGGAGAUAUUGAAAUGGAUGCGCUUGUCAUGGAAGGUACUCGAAUGAGAGCCGGUGCUGUGGGAGGAGUCACAGGUGUUCCGAAUCCUGUUACAUUAGCAAAAAAAAUCAUGGAGAAAACAGAUCACGUUUUUAUGAUCAAAGAUGGUGCUCAACAGUUUGCUCAACAAAUGGGUCUACCAGUGGUGCCAACUGAAAAAUUGAUAACGGACUGGUCAAGAGAACGUUUGAGUGAAUACAAAACAUUUACAAAUACUGUCAACCAAUCUAUUAAUGCCAAUGAUCAUGAUACAGUAGGUGCAGUAGCUGUUGACUCUCUUGGGAGGGUCGCGUGUGCCACUUCCACAGGCGGACUGACAGGAAAACUCAACGGUCGGGUAGGCGACACACCUCUCAUCGGCUCGGGUGGCUUUGCAGAUGAUUUCGUGGGUGCAGUUUCAACAACAGGGCACGGAGAAGCCAUCAUGAGGGUGUGCCUCUCGAGACACAUAACGGGACUCAUGCAACAAGGCAUGAAUGCCCAAGAUGCAGUCAUUGCGGGAUUAGAACACAUGAAGAACCGCGUUCAGGGUUAUGGAGGCGCAAUAGCCGUCAGCAAUUUCGGAGACGUGGGAAUCUACUUCACCACCACCCAAAUGUCUUGGGCCUACAGGAAAGGAAACAUCUUGCACUACGGCAUAUUACCCGGCGAACGGCGUGUAGAGGAUGUGGUGGAGGUCGACAGCUCUCCGUGAAUGCAAAAACAGAAAAAAUAAAGAAAUUAUAAUUUAAUAAUGUUGAAUUCUAAGAGAUUUUUAGAUUUUACACGAGUCAUUUAUCAUUAUUCCAGUUUAGAUAUUAAAUGUGUUUUUUGCAAUAUUUGUCAAAUGUUCUAUUUAGGCAGAAAUUUUUUCCCCAUGUUAUCGAUUAAUUACAGAAAUUUGUAAAAUUGCUAUAUAAAUAUACGACUAUUGCUGAUUAUAUAUAUAUUAUAUAUAUAAUAUAUAUAUCGAUAUAUAUAUAUUUAAUAUAUUAUAUAUAUCGAUAAAACACUAUUUCAUGUAUACUGUUAAAGUGAUUGUCAGAGUAACUUUGUAAUUUUGUACAACUUUGUUUUCCCUGUACUCCUUCUACGGGAAGGAAUGAAGAAGCGUUAAAUAAAGAUAGCAAAAAAAAUAUUUGAAUUAUUUCAGGUUAAAAA